AAGCCCAAGCCCGAGGCCGAGAGGCUCAGUCAGGGCUCGGGCUCGAUACAUCCCUAGCUUGGACAUAUUUUCAGUUCUCAUUUAUAUCUACAAUUAAUAACUUCCACAUAUAAAAACGCAAGCAGAAAAAGACUUUUACGCGUCAUAUGUGUUUAUAGCGCGCGCAAACUGAAACAUGAACUGUUAGUCAAAUCUGGAUCUCUAACCCAAAUUCAAACUGGGUGUAGCUGUGAGUAUAAGAUAAAUACAAUAAUCACACCCACGCUCACCCACACCCACGCUCAUUGAUACCGACUCCCAAGCUCAAUCAUACCAACAUCCACACCCACGCUUAAUCAUAUCGACACCCACACCCAGGCUCAAUAAUACCGACACCCACAUCCACACCCACGCUCAUUGAUACCGGCACCCAAGCUCAAUCAUACCCACACCCACACCCACGCUUGCCCGCAUCCAAGUUCACCCACACCCAGGCUCAAUAAUACCGACACCCACGCUCAUUCAUACCGACACCCAAGCUCAAUCAUAACAACACCCACACUUACACCUACACCCACAACCAUACCCAAGCUCAAUCAAACCGAUACCCACGCUCACUCAUACCGACACCCACACCUAUACCCAUGCUCACCCACACCCACACCCUGAUAUCUGGCUCAGCAUAUAUUUCACUGUUCGAGAAUAUCUGUCUUUGGUUAAUCAUACAAAUAUUUUUAGUUAUUUAUUUAUUUUGCUACUUAUUCGUUAAUGACGGCUUUGCAUAAUAAAUUUUUCAUUUUUAUAGUAAACUAUUCCUGUGACUUUUGAAGUAAUCAGAAACAAAUAUUACACUUUUCAAAAGGUUGAUUCUUUGAAAGAUGAAUCUCAAGUCUUUGUUUCAUUGGUUUAUUCGAAAAAUAUUCGAUUAUAAUCUCUUUAUGCUCGAAGAAGAUGAGUAUGAUGACAAUGAUGAAGUACAAGAUCCAGCAAUUGUUCUUAAACAUCAAAAAUAUAAAACUUGGUUGUACGUUCUUCUACUCGUGGGUAAGUCACACACAGGUUUUUUGUUUUUUGAACGUAUAUUUAUGUUUGAAUUGAUGACUGAUCUUCUACUUCCUUUUCUAAAAACUUAUUCGAAUUACUUGAAGCAUAUUAAUGUAUAGUACAUUUUCCAUGGUCACCAAUUUCAGGCAAAUUUAUGAAAAAACCUGUUUAAAAAGCAGAACUCAGAUAUUUUCUCUGAUAUUGUUGAGAAUAUAUACACGCAUACACAUAGAUUCACGUCUUCCUAAGUAUUAUUCUGAAAGUUUCUCUAUGGAAAUGUUAUUAUAUAUCCCGAAGAUAUCACUUUUUACUAAAAAGGUUCGAUCUUUAUGUCUGAAAUAAUUAAAGUCGAAAGCUAAAGCAGAACAGUCAAUACGAUUAUCAGGAAUGUUUAGAGUACAUUAACAAAUAUAAAUGAACUAGAUGUUAGUUGAAAUUUAUUAUUUUUCUUAGUCUUAAAUAUGAACAAAUUGAGAAUGAAAGAUAUCUAAAAUUAUACUAUUUAGAGUCGUAGGAAAUGUUAAAUAUCAUUUUUAUGUAAUUGACCUUUUUCUGAAAUGACUGAAGAAAAAUAGUAUGACACAUUUUUUAAUUGUAUUUAAGGAUAAAUGUCAAUAUUAAAUAUAAGAAGUUGCAUAAUUUUUCUAAUUUAUUUUAGUGGCUUUAUAUAUUAUUUUCUACGCUACUUUGAUGAAGAUAGAAUCUUCAACAGUUACUGUCUCUGAUAUUACACCUGUCAAAUUCAAUGAACUUUACUCUAAAUAUAAUAAAACUCUUUCAUGUCCAUGCUCAACAACCAGCAUAUCUUAUAAAAAUUUUGUUUCCAAUAGAAUCAAACUUCAUCCUGUUUGUUCAAGUCGUUUCGCUAGUCAAGAAUGGAUUCAUGCAUUAUAUUUAUCAAAUGCAAGUCGAUAUAGAGGAUCGGAUUUUCGAGCAACAGCUAGUUCUCAGUUUGAAAUUCUGUCCAGUUUUUGUUCAUUGGCUCAAGACAUAGUUAAUCAUACUGAAAAUGAUGUUGGUAGUAAUGAAUUUGUUACUAUUUAUCUUCUUCCUGAUAUACAAGUUCAAUACGAACUGAAUGUCAUCAUUGAAUCUUUUAAGAAAAGUGCAUCUGCUCGAAUGAUUAUGUUCUUGGAGUAUUUUCGGUCAACUAUUCGAGGAAACUAUUUAAUUUCAGCUCUUAAUACGAAUUUAAUAGUUACACUAAAACCGCAUUUUAUCGCGGAUCAAUAUUUAUAUAUAUAUUCAACGGCGUACACUCCUGCAUCUGGAAACACAUCGAACUGUGGCGAACAUAAUCCAAUUAUUACGGCUACUCUUAAUCCAGUAAUAAAUGAAUCUGAGCCUGUCUUUCAAAGAUUUAACUUUGAAUAUCUGCCAAAUUCUACAAUUGUCAAUGGAUUCUUCGCAGGAUGUACUCCUCUUGAAGCUCUUCUUCAAAGUACAUUCGAUUGUUUGUAUGAAAUCAAAUGUCUGGAACUAUUGCUCGAUUAUUUUCCACGUUUGAACCAUUUGCACAUCAAUUGGACCAAUUCUACUCUAAUUUCGAAACAACAAAAUCUUUCUUUUAAGGAUUAUUUGAAUAAUCUCUUGAUUGAAGAAUGGUCACCAAAAACAGAUUAUUCAAAGUAUUUUGAUCAAUGUCAUCCCUCAUUCUGCACAUAUACGACGACACAUCGAGCUAAAUUUAUUUAUGCAACCACUCUUUUCAUUAGUCUCUAUGGUGGUCUCGUUAUGAUACUUCGUUUAACGACAUCGUUUAUAGUAAAUACCUCAUCAAAAAUGAGACAUCGUUUAAGAAACAGAAAUUUCAAUUUCGGUAUGUUUUAA